AUCAAUUUCAACCUCCGCUAGAGGGCGUGUUCUCUGGCACGGCCACGUAAGUCAGGGUCGAAAUUUUCUUCGUUUUACAAUUUAAUCGCUUUUAUUUUACGUGUUGUGCUAAUAUGUGAGAAUGGUAUAAGUGCAGAAAUAGUGAACCAAGUUUUUGUGUUUCUUCACGUCACCCAAGCAACGAUUAUCAAGUUAUGGCUAACAUACCACCUUACAAUAGCAGCUCUGGGCAAUCUAAUACGGCUUUAGGGCCAUAUCAGUUCAAUCAAGUGCCACCGAACCACUUUACGGGAUCUGUUAAACAUGAUGCUAACUCGAAUAUGCCUCCACCUGCAUUUAAUAAUCAGGCCAACCAUUACAGCCAAAGUGCAAGUAGCUCACCAGCUUUUAACAAUCCAAUGAUGAUGCCACCUCAGAACAUGCAAUCAUCACCUAUAAGGCCCUCCAUCAAACCAUCAACAAAUCAAAGUCCAAUACCAAACCUCCAGAACAUUCCAUCUAGUUCAGCCAGUCCUCAUCCAAUGUAUAACACUAAUAAUCCUUCUCCAUACCCUCCUAAUCACCAUUCACAGCAAAUCAAUGAUAAUGCUCCACCCCUUAUACCUUCUAGUCAAUAUAAUCAACCAACAAAUGGCCCAAAUCCUACAAGGCUGCCGGUUAGUCAAUAUCCACCAUCUUCAGCAUCAUUCCCACCUCCGAUAAAUCAAAGACCACCAUUUCCUCCAUUAAGCCAGCCAGUUCCUUUCGGUAAUCAAAUGGUGGGGCCUCCAAGGAGCAAUCUUAUGAUGCCAGGUAGUUCCACAUUGGGUCCCAACAUGAUGGCACCACCAUUAGGGCCUUCAAGAAAUAAUGCAAUGAAUGGCCCAGCAACAGGUCCACCUCUUACAUCAUUACCUGGCCCAAAUGAUCUGCCCAGAAAUCAAACAAGUGGACCCCCGUCGCUGCCAUCGGGUCCAAUGCCUCCCAUUAGGCCACCAACAAACCAGUCUAUGGCUAUGGGACCACCAACUCAAGCUAUGGGACCACCAACUCAAGCUAUGGGCUAUUCCAAUAAUUUAAGUGGGCCUCAAAGCUUACCACUAUUGUCAUCACAACAACCAAUUCCAGGACAACCUCCUAUGCCUGGAGCUAUGCCAGGUCUACCAAAGCCAAAUAUACAAAGCAGAUAUCCUCAGAUGCCUCCAAGUAACUACCAGCAAGGACCCCCAAGCCAGGGAAUGCCGCCCCAAAUACCCCAACAAGCCAUGUACCAACAAAUGAAUAAAAUGCCAGGGUUGACUCAGCAAAUGGGGCAAUUAAAUGUUACUCAGCAGGGCUUUGACCAACUAUGGGGUCAUCAAAUGGUGGAUCUAAUGCAGUGUAAGCAUAUUCUUUCUGAAUAUCCUGAAGAUCCACCAGAAAUCAGACUAGGUCCUAACUUUGCCGAAGCUCCUAAUUGUAGUCCUGAAAUAUUCCGGUGUACAAUUAACAAGAUACCUGACACGAAUUCUUUACUACAGAAGUCUAGAUUGCCUUUGGGUAUUUUAAUACACCCUUUCAAGGAUUUGAAUUAUUUACCAGUCAUACAAUGUACUACGAUAGUGCGUUGCCGGGCGUGUCGCACGUAUAUCAAUCCGUUUGUAUAUUUCGUCGAUGGAAAGCGGUGGAAAUGCAAUCUCUGUUAUCGGGUCAAUGAUUUGCCGGAGGAGUUUCAGUACGACCCAGUGAGCAAGUCGUAUGGAGAUCCAACUCGUCGGCCCGAAAUCAAAUCUGCAACGAUUGAGUUCAUUGCGCCCAGCGAAUACAUGCUGCGUCCCCCGCAGCCAGCAGUUUAUUUGUUCCUGCUUGACGUCUCCCAGAUCGCCAGGGAGUCUGGAUAUUUAGAUCUGGUCUGUGGAAUAAUUAAAGAGCAUCUGGAACAGUUGCCCGGCGAUGCGCGUACGCAGAUCGGCUUCAUAUGCUACGACGCGCACAUCCACUAUUACGUGAUCAGCGACGGACUCACUAGACCCCAAGAGUUGACCGUUUUGGAUAUUGAUGAGGUGUUCCUCCCAUCACCCGAGUCGUUGUUGGUGAACGUGGGCGAACAGCGGGAUAUGGUGCGGGAGCUGCUCACCCAGAUACCCAGGAGACACUCCGGACCCGGGUCACCUGCUUCGGCACUCGGUGCUGCAUUGCAGGCUGCUUAUAAACUUAUGUCACCGACCGGAGGCAGAAUCACAGUGUUCCAGACAUGUUUACCAAAUAUCGGACCUGGAGCCUUACAAUCCCGAGAGGACCCCAACGCCCGGUCAUCAAAGGAAGUUGCACAUUUGAAUCCGGCCACAGACUUCUACAAGCGGCUCGCGUUGGAUUGCAGCGGGGCGCAGAUUGCAGUGGAUCUGUUCCUUCUGAGUUCGCAGUAUUGUGAUUUGGCAACACUCAGUGGUAUGAGCAAAUUCAGUGGAGGCUCAGUGUACCACAUCCCGGUGUUCAACGCGGCCAGGCCAAGACAGGCUACGCAUCUUAGGAAUAUGUUCACGAGAUAUCUGACGAGGAAGAUUGGCUUCGAAGCUGUUAUGAGAGUACGGUGUUCCAGGGGUAUAACAAUACACACAUUCCACGGAAACUUCUUCGUGCGUUCGACGGAUCUGCUCUCGUUGCCCAACGUGUCCCCGGAUGCCGGUUUCGGGAUGCAGCUGACCAUCGAGGAGUCCUUGUCCGACCUACAGCAGGUCUGCUUCCAGGCUGCCUUGCUAUAUACCAGCAGUAAAGGUGAAAGGAGGAUACGGGUUCACACGAUGGCUCUACCAAUAGCGACCACACUCACUGACGUACUCCAUGCUGCCGACCAGACCUGUAUUGUUGGGCUUCUGAGCAAAAUGGCCGUGGAUCGUUGCGUGACAGCCUCGAUGUCUGAAGCGAAGGAGGCGCUCAUAAACGUGGCGAUCGAUGUGUUGUCGGCUCAUAAGCUUUCUCAGAACCUUCCGGCGGGACCCGCUUCCAGCGCACUGAUGGCGCCUAUAGCGUUGCGGUUGCUGCCCAUGUUUUUAUUGGCCUUGAUGAAAACGAAAGCAUUACGUACGGGCACGUCUACGCGGUUAGACGAGCGCGUUGCAGCCAUGUGCGAUCUAAAAUGUCAGCCACUCCCCCAGUUGUUACGUACGGUUUACCCGGAUUUAUAUCCGAUACAUACAUUGGAACAGCACACGCAUAAAGAUGAGUCGGAGGAAGAGGAAGUCAAUCCGGACCCUCCAAGAUUGCAGCUUACUUCGGAGAGAAUCAACUUAAACGGCGCAUAUCUCCUAGACGACGGAGAGACGAUGGUGAUCUAUGUCUGCAACGCGGUCAGCCCCGCCUUCCUCUCUGAGAUCUUCGGAGUGGCGGCAUUCUCUCAACUUCCGGAUGAAGCCACCGCUUUGCCUCACUUAGACAAUAAAAGUAGUUCUAUCUUACACGCCUUCAUAGACAAACUCAACGAUGACAGACCUUACCCAUCCAAUUUAAUUGUACUGAGAGAUAACUCGCCAUCUCGGACGAAAUUCACCGAGCGUCUGAUAGAAGACAGAGUGGAGUCAGCCUUCUCAUACUACGAGUUCUUGCAACAUGUCAAAAGCCAAGUGAAGUGAAGAAACUAAAGUGUAUAGUGUAGUGUAAAGUGACAAAGUGUGAAAGUGUGAACGGUGUAAGGGCAGAACGAAAAGCAAUGGUAAUUACAUUAAGUAUUCAUUUUAAUCCUUUCUAUGAACAAGUUUCACUUCGCGGAUUUUGUUAGUAACAAAAACUCAUUAUUAAUACUCAAAAUUAAUUCAUUUUAAUUAAUGGAAUAAAGCACUCUGUGUCUGUGUCACGCAGUGUAAACACAAAAUGUAAUUUAGUAUAACACUUAAAUCAGUAAUUAAAUUUAUUAAAAUCACUUAAACGAGAAACCUUUUGAAAUUAGGCCUGUCAAUGUCAUUAAAUUCUAUUAAAUUGGUAUUUAUAUAUCAAAUGCAUAUUCAAAGACAAAACAAAAUUUUACAACACGUUGUUAGUACUUUAAAUGGGUUUAAUGCUCACAAAUCACAGUUUUACAAAUAAAAAAAUUGAAAAAUAGAAAAUUUUAUCUUCUAAAUUCUUUAAGACACACUACAAUCAAAAUCAUGUAAUAUUUCACAAUUAAAUGUUAUUAAUGUUAUAUGCAAUAAUUAUGAAUUAAUAAUCUGAUAAAUUCUUUUAAUUGCUGGGCAACUUGCUCUUGCUAAAGAAUUUGAUUACAUAAGAACAAUGCAGCUUAGAAACUCGGACAACUUGAAUCUCCCGUUCCUGUAAAACACUUGAGAUCCAUAAGGAAUGUAGUAAAGUUUAUAAAUAAAAUCCCUUGAAAUUUAAGAGUUUUUGUUACUACACAGGCUUUUCGAAAUCAUUUUCCUAUACAUUUUUAAAUGAGUCUUAGCAAUCAAAUUGUGUAAAGCAAUCUACCUAAAAAUCUAGGCGAGCUUUGUGACACUGCCCUCUGUUGGUCUUGAUAAGACUUAGUACCUUUGGUGGAUUUAUGUAUUUUGGAACUUUUUUAUAAAAGUUGUCCCAUCUUUAUGUAACAAGAUUUGUAUAAAUUUUUUGAAUUAAUCAUUAAUUUAUUUCAAUAUUUCAAAAUAAUUUUCGCAAGGCCAGAGACAUUCUCUACCAAAAAUUGAUUUAUGAAACAUUUUUCUUUAUUAGACCGGAGGCUGACCCUUAUUUUAGUUUCCAUUUUGUAUAAUGAAUCUUGAUCAAGUAUUUAAAAAAAUCAUAAAAACUCAAUUUAAGAUGAUUUAAAAAAAAUGUGUUACAACAAGGAGGCAUUUUAAGACCAUUUUUCUAGCGAGACCCAAACAUGUAUGCGGUAUACCUAAUACCAGUCUUCUAAGCCUGGGACAACCUUAAAAUCCUGUUUAAUAUUUAUUUAUUUUAAAUUAGUUAAUAAACAUUGGCUAGGAACAUGUUAAAGAGGGUAGAUAUGAAAUUGUAUGUGCGUUUUCUUUGUAUAUAAUAUCUAAUGUGAAUUAUGUGGGCGCCUAAUGUAUGUGAAUUCUACUAACCCAUAAAAGAUGUAUGGCAAAAAAUUGAAUGGGAAAUUAGGUGAUUUUGUUCUGUUUAAACUUGUCAAUUAUUUGUGAUCCUGCUUAAAAAAUUAAAGCGUUGCUGUGGUAACUGAUAAAUAGGAGUAGACUUGAGAUUUUUCCUAACUGAUGUUAGUGAAUUGACAAUAAAGUAGGAUAUACCAAGAAAUCUUAUUAUUCAGCUUCUAAACUAUCUAAGAAGAAAACAACUCCUAUUUAUUUGUAUUCAAAAAUUCUCAAUUGAUUAAUUGAACAAUAUUACUAUAGUAGUCGCAUUAUAAACUGAGGCUUCGGGUUAAUCAUAUUAAUCUGUCCGUCUCACACUUACAGGAGAGAUGUAGAGGUGCAUACUGAUAGUAUAUGUUCGAUUGAUAUGAUAAAUUAUGUUAAGUAUUAAUAGGAAUAAUUUUUCGCUAUCCGAAAAUAAAAGUUUUUAAUUUAUAACAUUAACAACAUCUUCGAAACAACUUUAGAAAAUAGAUUCUUAAUUGUGCGUAUUGCGUAAUGGAGCCUUAUUAAUGUAAUGAGUCAUAACAAAAAAUCUUAUAUAUAAAUAUUUUAAGGUUGUCAAUUCUUUAUUGUGAUAACCUGUAACAACCUUUACUCGUAACGACCAAUCAGGAGUCAGUGUGCGUGCGCAGGUAGUUAAGUAUUGAUAACGGGCUUGCAUCGCGUGCGCAUUUUUACUGUCAGUAUCAUUUUUUUUGACCGACGACUCAGUUUAAAUGCGUCUUUAGCUUUUUGCAGUUCUCUUUUUUGUAAUACAAGUAGUUUACACUUCUAGAAUAAAAUAAGAAUUUGCAUUUUAAUAUCAACCCUUUUAGUGCUUUCGCUAUAUGUGAAAAACGUUAGCGUUGCUAUAGCGCUCGUUUUGACAGUAAAUAUAUAGAAUUAAAUUUGUGUUUUUUUUUAUUACCACAGUAUAAAUCUCUUGAAGAGAAUGUUGUAUUUUUUUAAAUAUGUGUAACGGGUAUGGUGAAUAUUUGUCUUGUUCAUAUAAAUUGUCUAUAAAAUGCAUUGACAUUUUUAACAUUAUAUUAGUAAAACUUGUAUGGCACUAAAAGGGUCAAAUUUGGCUUCAGCACUAGUACUGUGUAAAACUGAUAUAAAUUUCCAAUGACUCAACAAUUAUAACAUUGAAUCUAAUGGCAAAAUUUAAUGAGAAAAAUAUUGAAUUUCAAAUUGUUGUCAUUACAGUGUUAGCCUAGUGAUGCAUAUUCCAAUACAAAUUUUGAACUAGUCUCGUGUAGUGUAAAAAAAUUGUGAGUGAGGCUUUUAGCUUUUGAAUUGAUUUACGUUUAUAAAACGCUAAAUUUCUCUAUGAUUGGGCGCCUAUGACUGUACGAAUAUUAUAAAUGUGACUUUUGUUGUAAUAUCUAGAGGCAAUAUAUUGUACAGACUAAAUGAUCGAAUAAAUGGUCUAUUUAUAUUA